UCCAUCUCUCCUCUCUGUUAAGAACUGUUAAUUCUUGAUAAGAAGUGCGUGCGGCACUUGAAAAGAAGGAAAAGUGUGAAAGAAGAAAAAGUGUCGAUCUCUCCUCUUUUUAUUCUCCUCAGAUUCUCUCUCCUGCUCUACGCGGUGGAUAAUAUUUUUAGGUCGGUUUUUUAUCUCAUUAUUCUAGAGUUCGGUAUGCGACCCUACUCUUUUUUCUUCUACUAGAUUCUAGAGUUGUGUGUUUUUAGCAGCUUAUGGAGAUAAAUGAGGGCUUUUGGCUUCAGAGAAAGGUAUUGUGUUAGUGUUUCUUUCGCAUUUUGUUUCUUUAGAUAACCGAGACUUCCUUUAAGCAGAUGUGCUCAGAUUGUUCUUAGCUGUCACGCCUAGUUCUCUUCCAGAAAUUGUUCCCCUAGUCAGAGAAGUUGUGGCGAGGCAACAACGAUCGAUCUUGAAAGCCCUCUCCAGAAGGAUCGAAAAACUCUGAUUUUACCCCUACCUUUACCUCUUUCUCUACAAAUUCGACAUCUGCGAUGGAAACAAUGGGGGCGAAGCUUCAGCAGCAGGAGGCUUUGGAGAAGCAGAGUGCCUGGGUUCUUGCCACUCCAGCAAUGCCUAUCACCCCUGAGAAAAGUCCCACAACCGGUCCUCGAGACCUCAAUUUUUCCGAGACGGCAACCUCCUCUCCUCCAAACGAGGUUCAAAAUCACAAUGUUGGAUCGCACCAGACCAUAUUGUUGAAUCCAACGCCAGGGUUUUCUCCGAUACAUUUUGAGAAUGUCCUGGUACUCACUAAUCCAACUGGAAUGCAGAACAUAGCAUCUUUUGCGUGGAACGAUCAGCCUCUUGCUCUGUCAAAUGGGAAGCUACUGCUGAGUGGAAGCAUUUGUCACGGUGACAGUCAUCUUCUCGAUAGGACUUUUGUCGGGUUUUGUCCAAAUCUUAGAUUUACCCCAGAGGAAGCUGCAUGCACGAGCAAUACUAAGGCAAUGCCUGUUCUAGUAGCCCCUGUUACUCCAGCUAAGGGCAACAAAACAAAUGAUUCCAUGCAGAUGCACAAGGAAGUCGAGGAGCUGAUCAGGGGAAGAAGGAAAGAAGCUGGUGAAACUCAGUGUUAUACCACUGUUCACCAUGAUUCCUCAAAGCUAGUAGCAUCUGCAACUCCAGAUAAGGGAAAGGAAAUCGAAGAUAACAUUCGGGAGGUGAUCACUCCUGUUGAUGUGGAUUUAAUCAGGAAUGGGAACUCACAGGGAGGGGAUCAAUCUGAACAGAGUUCCUUCAAGAAAGGCACUUCCUCUCAAGAACUGGGGGUUAAGCUGCCUACACAUGCUUCAGUUUCUUCUGUUAAGAGUCAGUUGGACAUUGAACAGGACGAGGAGAGGAUAAGCCAAGGAAGAGAACUCAGCAGCACUACAAAGAAGAAGGGAACAAGGAAAAGACACAGGCCAAAGGUCCUCAAAGAUGGGCUCUUGACCUCAAAAAAACCAGUUACUCCACAGCGGGUUGGGAAAAAAAGAGAAGGCCAAACUGGUAAGAGGAGUUAUAUGCGCAAGAAUAGAAGCUCGAAUUGCCCAAACACACCUUCUGAUACGCCAAGAGAUACUGGUGAAACCUCAGGCACAGUAUCAAAAUCUGCCAACCAACGAACUGACAAUGAAACCAAAUUUAUCAGGCGGAAAUUGGAUUUUGCAUCUGAAAGCCAACCGGUAGAUGAGUACCUAGAGCAUGCUUUCACUAAAUCAGCAUCUCAAGCAAGGGGGAGAUGUUCCACUGACAGUGCCACCUGCUGCAGAGCUAAGUUGAAUGUGCAACUUGGAGAGGGACUGGAAGUUGAGGUGGAGAAUUCAGGAACAGGCAUUGCAUUUGAUCUAAAUCGUUCCAUUAAUCAAGUGCUGGAGGAGUCCAUAAGACUGCCAGAAGAUCCAUCUCCACUUCAUCGACCUUCCAGAAGAGAAUUGUUGAAGAAAAACUGGAAGUAUCUGGCUAGAAAAUCUGGCAAUGCAAAUAGUACAGAUGACUCCAACUUUGUCGGAGUAUCGAAUUUGCAAAAUGUCAAAUUUCAAUUAAAGCCAGAUGGUGAUUCAGACAUGACUUUGAUGCAAGAUGAGGUGGAUUAUAAACAAGUUGAGAGUAAUUAUAGUGCAUAUCCAACUUCAAGUGAUACUCACCUUAUACAGCCACGGUUCAGCAAUAUUCCACGAUUUCCCCAGGAAUGUAAAAGGAGGAGAACUGGCACAGGGCAUGAUGGACAAUUUGGUCAGAUGGCACGACGUGACUUCAAAUUGUUUAGCUCUGCAGAUGAACAAAAAUUGAUACCAACUACUGUAUCACAAUCUCCAGAUUUCAUGUUGUCAUUUGGUCAAACCAAAAGGGCAACAAAGAAGAGAUCAAAGAUACCGAUUCGAGCCCAUAAGUUGGUCCGCAAUGUGACAACUGCAGGUUGUGACUAUUCCUUAGAAACCCCUGAAAGCCGACAUCAGGCAUGCAUGGGAUCCUUGUUUGCAGAUGCUCAUGUAACAAUGAGAACAGGGAAGCGAACACAAAGGAAACGAGCUCAUCUUAAGGCAAUCUCAACUAUGGAUCACGAAGAUGAACUUGUCCAUUUUCAUGAACCUGUUGGAUUAACUUCAACAUCAGAAGAUCUACAAAACUUUGAUUUUCUUCAUCUUCAUAUCAUUCCCGUUCAAGAAUGCCGACGUAGGAGCAACAUUCUAGAACCAUUCGGCACCAACCAGAUGUCUCAAGCAAUAGUCCCUUAUACCAAUCAAACAGAUAAUUGUAUGGCUGUUGAAGCUGAACCACAAUACUCUCUUGUAAGUUAUGAUAGCAGCAUGAUGGUUCCAUAUACAGAGACCUAUAGUGAAAUCAAGAGAAAACGCCCCAGGGCCAAGGUUGAUCUCGAUGGGGAGACAAACAGAGUCUGGAAGCUUUUAAUGGGAAAGAUGGUUAGUGAUGCAGAAGGACCAGAUAUGGAUAGAGAAGUGCGGUGGGGGGAACAAAGGCAAGUUUUCUGUGGUCGUGCAGAUUCAUUUAUUGCACGCAUGCGUCUUAUCCAAGGGGAUAGGCAUUUCUCUCCAUGGAAGGGAUCAGUUUUGGACUCCGUGAUAGGAGUAUUUCUCACACAGAAUGUAUCAGACCAUCUUUCAAGCUCUGCCUUUAUGGCUCUUGCUGCAAAGUUUCCUUUUAAGUCAAGGACAGAUAAUGUAGAAAACAGGAUGAGCACACUGACAGAAGAAUAUGGAAGCAUCCCAUUCACUGAUGACAUUGAUUCUUUGUUCGUCUGCCACAUUGGAGAUGUGGAAGUGAACAAGAUGGACAAGGCUAAUGAAUCAACAAGGAUUAAUGUUAAAGGUGAUGACUUGGACAAUUUUUUUGGUCAAAUUGUGCAUGCGCAAGGAAGAGAGGUUGAAGUGAGUCUUGAAGCACCAAAUGGCAGAAUAGAGAUAUCCACACCAAUAGCAGAAAAUUCAGAAUCAGAAGCUAAAAGGUCCCUAGAUGAUGCAGUAUCAUCCCAAACCUCUGUGUCUUCUUCUGUUGGCUCUUUGAACUGCACUAAUCAUGACACAAGUUUUGUGGGAUUAACCCCCCAUGAACUUCUGGAUAUAGGUUUAAAUGGCAGUGUGGUCAGCGGCUCACACAUUUAUGCCUCCUGUCAGGGGCAUAUACAGAUUUCAGGAGUAAAUGUUGUGCAGGAAAUUUGCAACCAGGAUAAUGAUGGGAAUAUGUUAUCAGAGAAGUGUGGUGCGCUCGAUCAAGAGUCUGAAGAGGAAAGAGGAAUAGUUGAUGGAUUAAACAGUCAUGGAGAUCCUUGUCAAGAAAUUAGUAGCACAUCUAAUUAUCAAGUUAAUUGUUCACGAAAUUUUUCCUCAUGUGUGCCAAUUGUUGCAUCUGAAUCCUCUGAUUCAGACAACAUCGAGAAUGCUGAUGUGAUCAAAAUGAAAAGCAUUUCCAGUUUGCUGAGUUCUGAUCCAGGCAGCAACAACACACACAACAAAUUAGUUCAAAGAAGCUUCAAGGAUUCGUCCAUGGAAACUGAUUCUGAAAGUCGACAACGAUCAUCAUCGAUGUAUAAUGUGACUGUGUCACAUGAUACAUGUCCAUCUGCAAUCAAACAAACUUCUAAAUCACUUGUUUUUUCAAAUGCAGAUGAAAUUACAACAAUACUUCAGCAAGGUGAAAUGAAGCAAUAUUUCCAAGUGGUAAAUAGCCAACACGAAGUUGAAUUUUUGGCUCAAAAGCAACACUGCCAGCCCCAGGAAUCAUUUUCAAACUCCUGUGAUGAUGGAAAGGGCAAUUCAAUGGUUACUAAAGCAGUUGAACCUGAUUCAAAAGUUCAAGCUUUUGGUCUGCUAGAGUUUCCAACUGAAAAAUUAAAAGGUACACCAAGAGUAAAGAAGACCAAGGCUGAGUCUCAGAAGGCAAAGACUUUUGACUGGGAUAGUUUGCGGAAGGAGGUACGCCACAAUGGUUAUAUGUCAGAGAGAAGCAAAGACAGGAUGGACUCACUGGAUUGGGAUGCUGUAAGGUGUUCAGACAUAAGGGAAAUUUCAGAAACCAUUCGAGAAAGAGGAAUGAACAAUGUGCUGGCACAGAGAAUCAAGGAUUUCCUAAACCGUCUACUUAAAGAUCAUGGAAGCCUUGACCUUGAGUGGUUAAGGAAUGUUCCACCAGACAAAGCAAAGGACUACCUUCUGAGCAUAAGAGGAUUAGGACUAAAGAGUGUAGAGUGCGUUAGGCUUUUGACACUUCAUCAACAUGCUUUUCCUGUUGACACCAAUGUUGGGCGCAUAUGUGUGAGGCUCGGGUGGGUGCCAUUGCAGCCACUCCCGGAGUCCCUUCAACUGCAUCUUCUGGAUCUCUAUCCAGUCUUGGAGACGAUUCAAAAGUAUCUAUGGCCACGGCUAUGCACACUUGAUCAGCGGACAUUGUAUGAGCUGCAUUAUCAAAUGAUAACUUUUGGAAAGGUGUUUUGCACCAAAAGCAAACCAAAUUGUAAUGCAUGCCCAAUGAGAGGAGAUUGCAGGCACUUUGCUAGUGCAUUUGCUAGUGCAAGACUUGCACUUCCAGGACCAGAGGAAAGAAGAUUAGUGAAAUCGACAGUGCCUAAUGCAUCUGAAACUCAUCAAACAACCAUAUUUGAUCCAAUGCCAUUAAGCCAAAUUGAGGAGAGCUGCUUCUUACGGGGUAUUAGAAGCACUAAUGAACCUAUAAUUGAAGAGCCACCAUCACCUGAACAUGAAUUCCAGGGAACUUUAGAAAAUGAGAUAGAAGAAGUAUUUUAUGAAGAUCCCUGUGAAAUUCCUACCAUAAAUUUGAAUUUGGAAGAGUUCACACAGAACUUGCAGAAUUAUAUGCUAGAAAAUAUGGAGCUUCAAGAAGGUGAGAUUGAGAAGGCUUUAGUUGCUAUCACCAAUGAAGCUGCUUCAAUUCCCAUGCCUAAGCUUAAAAAUGUGAAGCGUCUCCGAACAGAGCAUCUAGUCUAUGAGCUUCCAGAUGCACACCCUCUACUGGAAGGGCUAGAGCCAAGAGAGUAUGAUGAUCCAUGUCCUUACCUCCUCGGCAUCUGGGCUCCAGGUGAAACCGCACAAUCAACUGAACCACCAGAAACAUGCUGCAAUUCUCAAGAAAUGGGUAGAAUAUGCAAUGAUAUGACAUGCUUUGCAUGCAGUUGUAGACGAGAGGAACAAACUCAAACAGUUAGAGGAACUCUUCUGAUACCAUGUCGAACUGCAAAUAGAGGAAGCUUUCCGCUGAAUGGCACUUACUUCCAAGUUAAUGAAGUAUUUGCAGAUCAUCAGUCUAGCCAUAGUCCAUUGGUUGUUCCGAGGAGAUUGCUAUGGAACCUGCCCAGGCGGACUGUUUAUUUUGGCACCAGUAUUCCAACAAUAUUCAGAGGUCUAACAACAGAUGAGAUUCGAUUCUGCUUUUGGAGAGGAUUUGUCUGCUUGAGAGGGAUUGACCGACAAACAAGGGCACCCAAGCCUCUUAGUCCAAGACUGCACUUGGCAGCAAGCCAUGCACAGAAGAAGACAUCAAUGAAGGUUGGGAAGAAGACUCAGCAUAAGACUACCAGUAAAAGCUGAGCAGGAUUUCACCUGUUGAAGCAUGGCCUGGUGGCCAAAUGUGUAUAUUAUGGCAGCUCUACGAUGAUUCAUUACAUGCUUAAUGUAGAGCCAUUUCUUCAUGGAAUCAAAGUUACUCUGCACACAAGGAGGAAGGUGUUCUGUAGAGAGAAAGAAACCUUCACCAACUUGUAGCAUUGCAAACAUGAAGCAUCUUAGAGAGACUGAUCCAAUGUGUAAUUCCUUUCAAAGGACAGCUGAGAAAGAUUUGGGUUCCCAAACCUUUCUAAUUUAUGUGAAGAUAGAUUUUUGGCUCUA